AUGUCACCCAGCCCAGCCCUGCUCCUGCUGCUGCUCUGGGCCACCAGCCCUCCCGCCCGCGCCGGCGCCCCAGUGCCCACCUGCCUCCACUUCUCCGAGAUCCUGCCUGCAAAGCUCAAAGAGCUGAGGAUCAAGUUCGAGGAAAUUAAGGAUUAUUUUCAAUCCAAGGAUGACGAGCUCAGCAUCCAACUGCUCAGCUCUGAACUGCUGGAGGAGUUUAAGGGGAGCUUAGGCUGCCAGUCGGUGUCGGAGAUGAUGCGGUUCUACAUGGAGGAGGUGCUGCCCAGCGCCAUGAAGACCAGCACGUCCCACCAGCAGAGCAUGGGAGACCUGGGCAACCUGCUGCUGAGCCUGAAGGCGAGCAUGAGGCGCUGUCACAGAUUCUUCACGUGUGAGAAGAGGAGCAAAACAGUCAAGCAGAUCAAGGAGACAUUUGAUAAGAUGAAUGAGAACGGAAUCUACAAAGCCAUGGGAGAGUUUGACAUCUUCAUCAACUACAUGGAGGAGUACCUGCUGAUGAAGAGAAAGAAGUGA